GUAAAGGGACAUCAGGGCUAGCAGGAGUCAUUUAUAGAGCCAGGCUGGGCUAGAAAAGAGAGAAAGAAAGAGGAGGGGAAGGGAGAUCAAACAAACCCUGCGAGGAGCAGGAUGUCCCAGCAAGACAAAGGCAGGCUGUGAGCAUCAUGUACGUGAGCUAUCUGUUGGAUAAAGACACCAGCAUGUAUCCGGGAUCCGCAAGGUGCACCAGCAACAACCUGCCCGUGCAAAACUUCGUGUCUGCUCCAGCCUACUCCGACUACAUGGGAUACCACCCUGUGCCAGCCCUGGACACCCACGGGCAGCCGGCGCCAGCCUGGGGCUCCCACUACGGCCCCCAGCGCGAGGACUGGAGCGCCUACGGCCCAGGCCCUUCCAGCGCCGUGCCCGCUGCCCACAUCAAUGGCUCGUCCCCUGGCCAGGGCUCCUACAGCUCUGCUGAUUACAGCACCCUGCACCCCGCUGCUGCUGCGGGGUUACCUCCUGUAGAUACAAUUAAUGCCCAGCAAAUCUCUCCCAACAGCCAAAGGCACAGCUCUUAUGAGUGGAUGAGGAAAACGGUGCAAUCCACUUCCACAGGCAAAACAAGAACGAGAGAGAAGUACCGAGUGGUUUACACAGAUCAUCAGAGAUUAGAAUUAGAGAAGGAGUUUCAUUACAACAGAUACAUUACAAUCAGGAGGAAGUCUGAACUUGCUGCAAACCUAAGACUUUCCGAGAGACAGGUGAAAAUCUGGUUCCAGAAUCGCAGAGCCAAAGAGAGAAAAUUAAUGAAGAAGAAAAUGACUCACUUUGAUGGCAGCAGCCUGGGCUCUCUGCAGAGUGACUCUGGCUCCGUGAGCCCGAUGCCAGUCCCUGACGCACAGACUCACUCGGAAAUGCCCGGUUCUCUAUUCGCAGCGCCGCCUCCGCCGGCCGCGCUCCCCAUGGGCGCUUUGCAGCACGGAGGGAGCCUGCAGCAGGUGGUGGCCUCGCAGUGAGCCCGCGGGGGAGCCACGGUGGCACCGAGCCCACGGAGCGGUACCGGAGCACUACAGCACCCAGGCAGUGACACAGCCUGGGGCACACAAGCUUCAAGGACACUGAACCAAGAGCCACCUGCCAGGUGUGCAGCACAGCACGAGCUCCCAGGGGCCAUGGAACUGCAGGAGUCCCUCGGGAAGGGGAUGCCUGUGCCACAAGGAGCCCUCCGGCCUGGAGCAGCUGGGGAGGCGCGGCAAAGGAGAGCCCAGGAGCAGCCACAGCCACUUGUUCCACUGCAGACACAAAAAAAAAAGCACAAAACUUGGCCCAGGAAAUCAGUCCCACACUGCUGAGGCAGCUGUGCCCAAGUGUCUGUCCCCUGCCCUCAGGAAAAGAGAAUAUUCCUGCUCCUUUGAUCUCCACAGGUUCCAUGUACUGAUCCCACUUGUGGACUUUACACAUGCAUCUUGAGAAAUGCAAACCUGGCUGAUGUGUUUUGUCCCGCUUGAUGGAAAGUCUGGAGCCGGGUGGUUGCACUCACUACAUGUUAAGGGCAAAGGUCAGGGAUGAGCUUUUUGGAAUUUUUUGGGGUUUGACAGGUAUGAUUUCCAAUGCUCCAUACACUGGUAUAAACAGGCACUCUUCCGUCUUACUGUAAAUGUUUUGAAAGCAUUCUGGAAUUGCUAAUCUUGGCCCAAGUUCAUUUUUGGACAAAGAAAAUUCAUGUCAGAUUCAUUUUGGAUCCUAAAAGAAAGAGCAAAGAGGGGCAGAAGUCCUUUUAAAAAGCGUAAGUGUUUCAAAAAGUGACUGCAUUUCAUG